AUGGGGCCUGGAGUGCUUGAUUCCCCGGCGAAGGCUCGAUCGCAAGCUUCACCCAGCAGUCAAGGAAUUGCAGAUUCAAUUGUCGCUGCAUGGAAUCCCGCCAACAAAGAGAAUCGACAGACGAAACAACAGCAACAGCAGCAACAGCAGCCUCUCCAACCUCGACAGCAGGACAACCAAUCUCGCAAUCAGUCCCUCCCACGCCGCGUUUGCACGGCAUGCCGUCGCCGGAAGGUUGGUUGCGACAAAAAACAGCCGUGUCACCACUGCGAGAAGUCUGGAACAGACUGUGUCUACCCGCCUGAAGGAAGUUCAGCAGCACGGCAGUUUCUCACAGAUAAUCAGCUGUGGGAGCAGCUUCAUCGUCUAGAGCCGAUGUUCAAGACCCUGGCAGAAUGCAUGCAGCAAGGCACCAUUCCACGAUCCUCCGACCCCUUCAUAGGAUCAAGCUCCCGCCCGGAUUCGAUACCGACACUGCCUCAAACGCAACUCCCAGAGGUCAACAACGAUCCCACAUCGCCUUCACCACCGACGCCUCCCAAUUCAAUCGGCUCAUCGAAAGGUGCAUGCAGGGACUUGGAGAAAGAACCGGCCGCAGUCGACUUCCACAGGCUUCAGGCGCAACAGGUCGCAAUCUCUCUCGGUCCGAAAUCUCCGGCGAGGAUUCUCGAUAUCGCGGCCGGUGACGCGUCGAAAUUUGAGAUUCCCAACAUUGAGUGCGACAGUGCUCAAGGUGAUUCGGUGAACUCCUGGUCUCCAUAUGGCACCUCGACAGGGAAGCUCGUCAGGGACGAUGGCCGCGAAAGAUACGUCAGCGGCACAUUUUGGGAAGCCCUGCACACCGAGAAUGACCUGGAUGACGGCGUGAUAAGCGAGGAUGAUUCGGAAUUCGAGGAGCAGACACCAUCGUCUCGGUCAGGACUUUUGCAGUAUUCCCUGAUAUCUACCAGCGGUACCCACGAAACCGACACUCGCUCCUUGCAUCCUCCACUCAAUCAGAGAUUGGAAGCAUGGCAGCUGUACAAUACCAAUGUACACCCUGUCGCUACUGUCUUGCAUAUACCUUCGGUUGAACCGAUCGUCCUCGAAGCCAUGCACAAUCCACAAAAUCUCUCUGCCCCCCUGGAAGCCCUGCUAUUCGUCAUAUAUGUUGGUGCAGUAAACAGCCUGUCAGACGAUGAAUGCGAAGCGCGUUUUGGAUCGGCUCAAUCUGAUCUAUUGGCACAAUUUCGGCGAGGAGCUGAUGCUGCCUUUGUCCGUGCGAGAUUGAUGGUCACGGAUGACAUGCUCACAAUACAAGCCUUUGUGGUCUAUCUCAUUGCAUUGCGCUGUAGAGACCCUACGUAUUCAUGGAGCAUGACGGGGCUGGCUGUCCGGCUUGCUCAAUCUCUAGGUAUGCAUCGAGAUGGAACGACAUUCGGCCUUCCUCCUUUUGAAGCUGAGAUGCGUCGGCGAUUGUGGUGGAGCAUCUGCAUUCUGGAUACACCGGCGUCCGAGGACUACUCUUGUUCCUCUGGUCUGCUGGAGUUAAGUAGCUUCGAUUCGAGGCCCCCAAUGAAUCUAAAUGAUGCGGACCUGUAUCCAGAUAUGACGGAAUACCCUUCCGAGUCAAAGCGAAUCACGACCAUGUCUUUCACUGCAGCACGCUGCUGGGCAUCAGACAUAUGGCGAACCAUAAUUGACACUCGAAGAGUUGACUCAACAACUGGAUUGAACUUUAUCUCAAUGACGAUAGCCGACAAGGAGGCGUGGGUUGAAAGACAGCGUGAGAACAUCGCCGGCAAGAUUUCUGAGAGUCAACCAUCUCAUGGUUCUCUACACUGCCUUACGACCUCCUUCGUGGGCACCAUUGUCGCAAAUCUUCGCCUCAUGGUCCUCAAUCCACUUUCUUCUGGUGUUUCCCUCACCGACGAGCAAAAGAGACGCGCCUUCCAAAACGCCAUCGAAUGUAUGGCACAUUCAUAUCGUCUGCGAACCGACCCACAAGUAGCACAGUGGUCAUGGCUUACAAAAUGUUACAAUGAGUGGCAUGCUUUUGCAGUUGUUCUUUCAGAAUUAUGCAAUCAGCCUUUGGGCAGGGAUGCCGAUAAGGCAUGGCGUGUUGUGGAGCAAAGUGCUGUUCUCCGGUGGGACUCGUCGACGAGGCAUAGUCGGGUACACCAGUGGCGCUCAGUGAUGAGAAGCAUUGACAAAGCUAGACGACGCAGAAAGAAGGAGUUGGGCCGGCGGAAGUCAUCCUUAUCAGAUCGGCGUUCAUCUUCAGCCUCCUCUGCUGCGAAACGUCCGACAUUUGGAGGGCGAUAUCCAUCGAAGGGCAUAAUGAGACCAAAUGCAAGCACUAACCUUGUCCAAAGCGAUAACAGUCAGAUGGGUGCAGUCCCUUUGCCUCGUAGCGCUGAGCGAGAAUUGGAUGCGGCGAUGUAUAAUGCAGACGAGAUGAUAGGACCUCUGAUGGAGAUGGACGAUAUGUGCGAUUUCACUAACGAAGACGGCCAAUUGUAUUUUAGCCAUACUUAG